AUGUUAUUCUCUGUAGGAGUGGAAGCGUGUCGGGUCUGACACUGAAGCUCAUUCGCACUUCCGUCAGCGAGAUGCUGGAGACUCUCUCCGAUGAUGAUUACGUCAACAUCGUCUCUUUCAACAAUUCGGCCAAGUCGGUCGCCUGCUUUAAAAACCUGGUCCAAGCCAAUGUCCGUAAUAAGAAGAUUCUGAAGGAGGCAGUCCAGAAGAUCACAGCGAAUGGCACCACUGACUAUAAAAUCGGCUUUAAGGAGGCUUUUGGCCAGCUCUCCUCAAUGAAUUUUUCAAGAGCAAACUGUAAUAAAAUCAUCAUGCUAUUCACUGAUGGAGGGGAGGACAGAGCUUCAGAGAUCUUUGACAAUUACAACAGGAAAAAGGAGGUUCGGAUCUUCACCUUUUCUGUGGGCCAGCAUAACUAUGAUAAGACACCAAUUCAAUGGAUGGCUUGCAAUAACAAUGGUUAUUAUUAUGAGAUCCCCUCGAUUGGAGCCAUCAGGAUCAACACCCAGGAGUACCUGGAUGUGUUGGGUAGACCCAUGGUGAAAGAAUAUGACAGCGCAAAAACUGUCCAGUGGACCAACGUUUAUGUGGACGCUCUAGAAUUGGGGCUUGUGAUUACAGGCACUCUGCCUGUGUUCAAUAAGACCAGCACCAGUAAAGACAAGAAUAAGGCCCAGAGCCAGUUGAUUUUGGGGGUGAUGGCCAUAGACGUGUCUCUGGAUGACAUCAAGAGACUGACUCCACAUUACACUCUUGGACCAAAUGGAUAUUACUUCGCCAUCGACCCCAACGGCUACGUGCUGCUUCAUCCCAACCUUCAGCCGAAGGAUCUCAAGUCUCAAGAACCCGUGACAUUGGACUUCUUAGAUGCAGAAUUAGAGGAUGAAGUGAAGGUGGAGAUCAGAAGCAGUAUGAUAGAUGCUCAGAACGAUCAAAAGAGAUUCCAAACACUUAUGACAUCUCAAGAUAAGCGUUACAUAGACAGAGGCAUCAGAACCUACACUUGGACUCCAGUCAAUAAAACAAACUACAGUCUCGCUUUAGUUCUACCUGAUUACAGUGUCAGCUACAUCAAAGCCAAUAUAGUAGACAUCAUCACUCAGGCCAAAUCUUGGAAUGUCUCUGAAAAUUCCGAAGAAACUGUUUUUGAAAGCCUUCAUUUGGAACACUUUGAAGAGUAUGGACAUACUUUAAUAGCACCCAGAGUUUACUGCUCAGACCUGAAAGUUCAGAGUGACAACCACACACAGUUCCUCACAGACUUCAUUGAGUACAUUGACAUACAUACCCCCAACAACUCGCCGUGUAAUAUGGAGUUAAUAAACAGACUGCUGCUGGACGCUGGAAUCACCGCUGAACUGGCCAAACACUGGAACAAACAGAAGCUGAAUGACAGAAUCAGGGCUAAGUUUGUGUUGACAGACGGCGGAGUCACUAGAAUCUAUCCUGCGAGUGCUGGUUCAGAAUGGACUGAGCAUGCAGAAACAUACAAGUCCAGUUUCUACAAGAGAAGUCUGGACAACAACAUUUAUGUAUUUACAUCAUCACCAUAUGCAGUCAAUGAUUCUAUUUUAGUGAGCAGAGCGAUGGACCUGAGAGUUGAUGAAUUCCUGCUGAAGCCAGCAGUGGUUGGUGUAAAACUGGAUAAACAGACUUGGAUGGAAAGCUUCAUCAAAGCUACGAUCACGCCCAAAUGUGUUGGCGAAAUAUGUGGGUGCAGGAGGGACGAUAGCAAUCUGGACUGCUUUCUUCUGGAUGAUGGAGGCUUCCUUGUCAUGACCAAUAAGGAUGAUUAUAUCAAUAAGAUCGGACAGUUUUUCGGUAUGAUUGACCCCAGCCUAAUGAGGAAUCUGAUAAACGAAUCCCUGUUCUCCGUCAACAUAACCUACGACUACCAGGCCCUCUGUGAUCCCACCAAAGAAACUAAAGCCGCCGCUGGUCUCAGAUCAGUCUAUGUGCCCACCAUAGCUGACAUCCUGAACAUUGGUUGGUGGGCUUCUGCAGCAGCCUGGUCGAUAUUGCAGCAGUUGUUUGUCAGCAUCACAUUUCCUAACUUCCUUGAGGCAGCGGACCUAGACGAUGACCUGUCUGAGAUGCCAUCUAAAGAGAGUUGCAUUAAAGAGCAGAAACAAUAUUUCUUUGAGAACAAUGAGACAUCUUUUAAGGGGACUAUUGAUUGUCAAAACUGCUCCAGGCAGUUCAUAGCUGAAAAGCUUCCAAAAACAAAUCUGGUGCUUAUUGUUGCCGACUCAAAAGAACCGUGUUGCCAGGCUGAUGAAAGAUUUUUCUCCCAGGAAGAAAAGCCGUCUCCAGGUCCUGACCCCUGUGAGAUAGCCCUGAACCCACGCUAUCGGAAAGGUCCGGACCAGUGCUUUGACAACAACACAAGUGAUGAGGCCAUGUGUAGGAGAAAUGCAGGCUCUCCACUGCUUUCCUCUCUGCUCAUGUUACUGCUGCCAGUGUUCAUGUGCUGUCUCGGGAGCAGAAUGAGGAUUGCGGUGGGGCGUCAAGUCUGAGUCCAUCUAUCGAGUCCAUGAUCAUCAUCCAGCUGCCGCUGCUCUGGCUUCUGAUUGGACGAGGACACUGCCUCUCGUGACCUCAGCAUAGAGACGCCACACCCCUCUACAAUGCCAAAACGUACAUUUAAACAUUCAUCUGGACUCCCACGCUACAGCCCAGCACAUGGAGGGAGAGGCUCUGACCCAGGAAGUACAAAACCCAAGCCGCGAUCACUCACAGCCUUUGAGGUCAAAGUUGGUCGGAGAUGAUAAAUGAGCAACGACCUUUGACAUUUGACCCGUAAGGUCAGACUCCUUCCUCAUGAGCGACAGGGUGGGCAGACCUUGACACUUCAUCGUCACUUCGCUGUGAAGAAAGGUCCUGUCUUUAAAAUGAAAAAAUUAUCCAAUCACAACACUGCCAACCAAAGUUUCGCCCUUUACCGGUGUGAUGCCUUUUUUAACCUAUUUGUCCUUCGACAUAUUUACAUGGCUAAUUCCUCAGUAUUAUAAACUUUUCAUAUGUGACUUUUAUGGUUUGCCCUGCUGAGAUUUUUAAAGGAUCCCUCUGGGUUGGGUCAAAAUCCAGCCUUGUUUGUGGUCUGCAGCCCAUUACUGGAAAAGAAAAGGACAAGUGAGCUUGUGACCCGAUGCAAAAGUUUCUUGUUUUUCCCAGUGGUCUCCACCUCUGUGCCUCGGGAAUAACGGUUUCGUUUCUGACCGCUGUUUCGAGUGAACAGUACCUCCCUCUCUUUGUCCGUGGAUACCUGUAUUCACUAUUUUUUAUCGGCCCAUAGUGCGUUUCAAAUGCACCCAGCUGCCAAACCUUACCUUGUGUGUGGUGUUGCUGUACUUUGCCCUUGAUGCCAAGCAGGUCGUGUGGCCAAGCAGCCCUUUGGUUCUCAUUCAGGGCUUUUUAAAUGACAGCCGAUUCGUACUGACCUAAAAGCUUGCUGUGUGUGUUUUUGGUCCGUUAGCUGUUUAUUUGAGAUGGUUUAAAGUAAUGCAAAUGAGCAAAGAGUUUUCUGCUGUAUGUUUAAUGUGGAGUUUUAUGUGCUCUGUUUAAUGUAUGUGUGUGGAUAUGUAGUUGCUGACUGGUGAAAGGUGUUUAUGACAUAGUUGCUCUUUCCCAUGUUUUAAUUUCAUCUGGAGAACUCAGAAAGGUGGAAAGAAUAUUAUCUAAUGUUUACAGAUAUUUUGAGAUGCUCGGGAGUUUUUAUAAGAAAUGUUGGGCCUGGUUGUGCUGUCUGAGUCUCUAAUGUGUCGUUUUUCACUUUAAUGUCAGAGGCAGAGCUCUGUCAGCCUUUUUUUUUUUUUCUGUCAACGUGCCUUGAUGUGAAUGGUUUCAUAUAAAAUUAAGCAAAGGAAUAUCACAAUGUGCAAUCUGACCCAGAGAAAUGCAAAAUAUCAUCAUUCUGAUCUGAUGAAAAAUUCAACUUCUGUCCCUUUAAGAGGUCCUGACUGGAUCUUUGUGCCUCAUUGAAAUCUUGGCCAAAAUUCAACAUUUAUGGAAUAAUUAAGAUUUUGAGAAGAGACAAGAAUACUUACGGAAGCCCUGGACUGCUCACAAAUUGAAUGUUAUAAAAAUAUUCUUCAGUGUUUUAUUUGUUUAAUAUUCAUAAUAAUAAUAUAUAUAUUUAAAUAAUUAUUAUGUCUGUAAAAAAGCCAAGCUACCUUUUUUUUUAAUUGAAGUAUUCAGUUCAAAGUUUUUUUUUCUGUUUUGAAGAGAAGGAGGGAUGCCUAAUGCUUAGCCAGUACCCAAUAUAUUCAAUAUUGUAUUGAUUAUGAAAUAUGGUGAUUAAUUAAUAGCAAACAGAUGAUUUCUGCAAGUAAUAAUGGGCUUUUGGCUUAUGUACAAAAUCAUUUGGGUAUCUGUCAGAGCUGAUUACAAUCGUGUUCUUUCUAAUUUUAGAAGAGUAGACAAACAGGAAAUUAAAAAAAAAAAACAUGAAGACACACAACAUCAAAUCCAGAAUGGAAAGUGAAUUUUAGUGAGCAACAUCUCUGCUACUUUAUGCAUCAUUUCCUCUGUACACAGGAAACGGUUUUGGUAAUGCACCUGAAAACAACAUGAUUGGACUUUGUGGAUUUGGCUUGCGUUGAAAAGCCAUUCUUCUCAAACUCUUUCCAUGAUUUAUCACUGUAAUCAGACAAGCAUUCUAGAUGUGAUGUGCAUUAAAUCAGUGUAUGAUAAAAAAAAAAUUAAAAAAAAAGAACAUCGUAGUUAAUUGGCUGUCAACAUGAGAAAUUAUUGAAAACAUUUCCAGUUCCAGACUGUUAACUCAAAGAAUUACCCACGUUAAUUCCCAGCAAAAGUAAUGUCAUCUUGUUCAUCUAUACUAAGUAUAAAGUACAUAUUUGAAAUACUGUAUCCCAUAAUGCAAUGCAUCCAACUUGACCUUCUUUUAAAAAAAACUGCAAAAAUUGACAUAUUUAUACAAAUCAGUACACAUUGUUUCCCAUCUGAUGAUGUCACAAUGUAGGAUUCUACUGUUUAAAAAGUGCAUAUGAAAAUUUUGGACUCAGACCUUAAAGGCGUGAAAGGUGCAAUUACAUUUAGCAAAAUUGCACUGGAAAAAAUCGAGUUAUUUCAGUAGGAAUCUGUGCGAUCUUGAGCUUCGUAUGAGGACGGUAGCAGAUUUUGUGAAUAUUUGCUGGCUUUGAAAGUCAGCUGUGCUUCAUACGUCAUUACAUUACCGACAAAGGACUUUUUUGCUAAAUCUCGCUGAAAUUUCGUUAAUGUGACCUCACCUUAACAUUCACUGCCUUUUUCACUGAGCUCAGAUGCUGUCACCUCAGGAACAGAAAAAUGCUAAAUGUGAUUUAAAAAGCUGUCUCUCUGCUCUGUUUGGGUUUUGAUCUCUGGAAUUGUCUGAUAGUGUGAAGUGUGUUUUAAGUGGUCAGUCAGAUCCUGCUGCCUCCACUUGUCUCCUGGCUGACCGUUAGUCUGCAUCAGUCAGUUUUUGGAGGACUUAUCCCUAGGCUUAUUUUCAGCCCCCUUAACUGUACUGUCAUCCAGUGGUUCACAUCUGGUUUUGCUUCAAGAACCAGAUUUCAAGUGGUGACCCAAACCAUACCAAACGUAACCUUCAUUUAAUGUAGUCUGUUUUUUUUAAACCACACAUAGUUUUGUUCAUGGUUUUGGAACAAUUUCAAACAGCCGUGUUGUCAUCGGCCUAAUUUGUUUAAAUAGCUUCUAGUAAAAUGACAAAUAAAAUUACGCCAAAGUAUUUGACGUCAACUAAAAAAAAAAAGAUAUAGGAAGCAUUUACUCUUUCUUUUAAAAAGCUGAUGUUUAGACGUGCAGUCUUUUACGGAGCCCCAGGAAAAAAUAGUAGGCUAAAUUGUGUGCACGAUUUACUAAUUCAUUCCCUCAAUGUACUAAAACGUGCACACAAUUACUAUUAAAUUCCCUCGAUUUAUUAUUACGUGUGCAUAAUUUAGCAAAUCGAGGGAACACAAUAGUAAAUCGAGG